AUGUCUGCAGUAAUUGGACCAAAUCCUUCAUCAUCUGCCUUACAUAAUGAUGAUAUUAAACCAGAAUUGUUGCAAAAAAUUGAAGGACAAGGUUCAAGAGUUACAUCUGUUCACCUUUUGGAUAAAGAAGAUGGUGUAUUAACAAUAUCUGAUGAUCGUAGUGUAAGAAUAUGGUUAAGAAGAGAUACAGGACAAUAUUGGCCAUCUAUUGUAUAUUAUUUAUCAUCAACACCAAUAUGUUUUUAUUUUGAUGAAUCAUCUAAUGACUUAGUUGUUGGAUUGUUGAAUGGUAGUAUAAGUUUAAUGAAUAUUACAGAUGAUUACAAUGCUAUUAAUAAAAAAAUUUGUCUUCAAUUGCAUGUUAAUGUUGUUACUGGUAUAGCAAUGUCAAAAAAAACACAACUUGUAUACAGUUGUAGUAAAGAUAAAACUGUGGUAUGGAGUAAAAUUGAUACUCUUCAAAGAUGUGGAAGUUAUAUUGUAUCAGCUCAAGCAACAUCAUUACAAUAUGAUGAUGAUUUUGUUUUUAUUGGUGAUUCAAAUGCUACAAUAACAAUAUUAAGAAUUUUAGGUGAAAGUGCUCAACUAAUUUCCCAUUUAAAAGGUCAUUCAUAUCCAAUAACAGCUUUAGCAUGGGAUGUGUCAAGACAACAAUUAUUUUCCGCAAGUACAGAUAAACUUAUUAUUGUUUGGGAUAUUGGGGGUAAACGUGGACAAUGUUAUGAAUUAAAUGGACAUGAUAAUAGAAUAACAACCCUUUCUUAUGUAAAUUGUUCAAAUAAAUUAUUAAGUACUGAUUGUAAUGGUGGUUUUGUAUGUUGGGAUAUGGCAGCUAAAAGAAUGAUGACACCAGAAUGGAGAAAUAGUGAUAAAUGUGACUUAUGUGAUGUUCCAUUUUUAUGGAAUGUAAAAGUUAUGUGGGAUCGCAAAAUUGUUGGUGUAAGAAGACAUCAUUGUAGAACUUGCGGUAUUUCUGUUUGUGGUGAUUGUUGUAAUAGUACAACAACAUUUCCUGUAAUGGGAUUUGAAAAACCAACACGUAUUUGUAAAACAUGUAAUAAUCGAAUGAAACAAUUUCCAGAACAAUAUGAUUUAACACCAUUAGCUGUUUCAAAUGAUUUAAAAUAUGGAAUAAUAUCAAUGCAUAUUCAUGAAGGAAAAAAAAAAAUGGUUACUGUUGGUUAUGAUCGUGUAAUUAUGAUAUGGGAUAUAUCUAGUCUUAUCUAA